AUGGAGUCGACGACGACCGGCGUCCUGCUGGCGGUCGCGCUCGUCGCCGCGGCCAUGGCCCACUGGUCGCUGCGUGAGAAGGAGGCCAAGCUGCAGCGCCGAUCCGACCAGCUCUGCGAUGGCCACUCGGGCCUCAUUGGCAACACGCCUCUGGUCAAGCUCAAGAGCCUCUCGGCCGCCACGGGCUGCACGAUCCUUGCUAAAGCGGAGUUUCUCAAUCCUGGCGGCAGCUCCAAGGACCGUGUUGCCAAGGGCAUUGUCGAAGAUGCCGAAGCCCGAGGCCUCUUAUCGCCGGGCGGCACCAUCGUGGAAGGCACGUCGGGCAGCACUGGCAUCAGCUUGGCCCUGAUCGCCCGAGCCAAGGGCUACAAGUGCCUCAUCGUGAUGCCGGACGACCAAGCUAAGGAGAAGAGCGAUCUGCUCACGCAGUUUGGUGCGGCCGUCGAGUUUGUCAAGCCGGCCUCGAUCGUCAACGCCAAGCACUACGUCAACCAAGCCCGGCGCCGCGCCAGCGAGAUCCCAGGCGGGUAUUUCGCCGACCAGUUUGAAAAUCUUGCCAACUGCGACGUCCACUACUACACGACGGGCCGCGAGAUCUGGGAGCAAACCGACGGGCAGGUCGACGCGUACGUCAUGUCGGCAGGCACGGGCGGUACGAUCGCCGGCGUCUCGCUCUACCUCAAGGAGAAGAACCCAGCCGUCCAAGUCAUUUUGGCCGACCCGCCGGGCUCGAGCCUCUACAACAAGGUCCGCCACAACGUCUGCUACGCGCCGCAGCAGUCGGAGCGCACGGUCAAGCGCCAUCGCUACGACACGAUCGCCGAAGGCAUUGGCAUCGACCGCCUCACGGCCAACUUCGCCAAGGCCCGCAUCGAUGACGCGUACCGCGUCACCGACCAAGAAGCCAUUGACAUGUCCCGCUACCUGCUCCUGGAAGAAGGCAUUUUUGUCGGCAGCUCGAGUGCCAUGAACUGCGUGGCGGCCGUGCGGGCAGCCCAGAAGCUCGGACCUGGCCACGUCGUGGUCACCAUGCUCUGCGACUCGGGCCAGCGCCACUUGACAAAGUUCUGGAACGAGGCGCACCUCGCCGAGGUGUGGGAACUGACGCCGGGAGAUGUGACCGACUUGAGCUUUCUCGCCGCCUCCGAGGGACAGCCGUAG